AUUCUCUAAGGAGUGAACACUCAAAGAGUACGACCGUGAAUAGGUUUCCGCAUAGUGAUCUCGAAUUCUUACAGUGAACAAGUGUGUCUGUACGAUUGUACAAUUUUAUUGUGAUUUUCGUUAUAUUUUUGUCAACUGAGUGUUUUAAGGAUGCUUUCCAUUAAGUACAUGAUUGCGAUAUGCGUGGUAGCUGUUGUCGGUACACCCGAAGAAGACGGCAAAUGGCAUCCCUAUAAAUAUGGACAUAAUGGCAAAUAUAUACCAACAGACGAAGGUAAAUACAUUCACAUACCGAAUCCUUAUAUACACAUCGAUAACCCCUACAACGGCGGCUUCGGUCCAUACACGCAUGACUACGAGCCUUACGUCGGCGCAGCUACAGAAGAUCGUUACAGACUGGUGAUGACUCCACCGAAAGACAUACCUUACUACAAGGAUGGAUAUUACAAGAACAAUGGAAUUAAGAUCAUCAGCCAAAAGCACGUCUACGAUGAGGAUAAAUAUGACUUCAACUUCGAAACUGAAAACAAAAUUCGCGCUAAGGAGAACGCAAUUCUCAAGAACCCUAACACCAUCGACGAAGGCAUCGCUUCAUCUGGUUUCUACGAGUACCUUGGCCCCGACGGUUUCAUGUACAGGGUCGACUACACCGCUGACGAGAACGGUUUCCGUCCUAAGGUUAAGAGGUUAGAGACCCCAUACUCUGGAAAAUGGGUUUUAGAAAAGGUCAACUAAAAUAACUUUUCGUUCCGGAACCAAUCAAACGAUAUAUCCUACAAUCUUCCUCAUCAUGAAUCAGUAUUUUGAUAUAAGUAGACAAUACUUUGCUUAAUCUAAUUUUAUGGAUCCCAUUAAACUUGAUGAGCAAUUCCUGUUUGAGUAUAUGACCUUUGAACGUGGCACGAUUGUGACAUUAUGAUCUGUAUUCAAAUGUAUUAGAAUAUUCUUAUAAAAAGACUUAUGUAUCAGUUGUUUGUAACAAAUCAUGGCCCAUCAAACAUAUUAUAAGUACAAAAAUUUAUAAAAAUGUUACUCAAAUGUACCUCCUGGUGAGGAAUGUUUGGGUCUGCUUAGAUUACUUUAAUUUAUAUUUAGAUGUAAGAGCUU